ACCAAAAGCACUUUACAAUAUGCAAAUUUUUAGUUGGAGCUGAAGGCAGUGAACAACAAAGUUUUUCGGUAGAUAAGCCGAUAUUAGCAAGCGCAUCUCCAAUUUUUAGACGUUUGCUCUAUGGAAAUUCAAUAGAUGAUUCCGAAGUGAUAUUAAUACCUGAUAUUACACCAUAUGCUUUCAGUGCAAUGCUAGAUUAUAUAUAUACAAAUACAGUAAAAAUUGGAUCAUUUGAAAAUGCUUGUGAGCUAUAUUCUGUUGCUAACAAAUAUGUUUUACCAGAAGCUCUUUUCGAGUGCAGUUGCUAUUUAUUACAAAGUUUAAAUGCAAAAAAUAUUUGUAAAGCAUAUGAAUUUUCAAAAUUACACAACGAUCCAAUUUUAAAAAAUAAAUGUAUAGAAAUGUUUCCAAGUUUAAUAAAAGGAAUUAUAACAGAUCCGAGUUUCAUGGAUAUAAAAUUAUCAACAUUAAGAGAAAUAUUAAGUAUGGAUAAUUUGAUGAUAUCAGAAAUUGAAUUAUUCAUGGGAUUAAGAAAUUACAUAAUUGUAAAUGGUUACCUUACAGAAUUAAGUGAAAAUAACAAGAAAAAAAUUCGAUUUCAAAAUACUCAAGAAGGAGAAAUAUAUCAGCCAGAUGAUAUUACAGUUCAAAAUUCUCAAAGAAAUAUUGGAGAUUUGAAACAUGCUAUACGUAAAAUUAGAUUUUUAUUGUUCACUAAAGAGCAAUUUGUUGAAGUAGUAAUAAAAUCUGGUAUAUUAAGUGAAUCUGAAGCAUUAGCAAUACUUCUUAAUAUUGUGCUACCAUUAAACAAAGUAUGUCCAAUGCCAGAUGGUUUUACUACAUCCAAGUUCCGAAGAUAUACGCACCCCCUAAAUUAUGUAGAUUUGGAUCAUGUACCUUGGUUAAUAAGACGUAAACUUUUCAAUUGA